ACAUGCACACAGAGUAAAGUGAUGUGUACACACGAAGCAGUUACAUAUGUGCCACACUUCAUUUCUGCUCCGUUGCAUCUGUGUCGUGUCACAAAUAUGCAAAUGCGCUCGCCGUGGGGACACGAGCACUAAAUUUGCGCAAAUUCUUUUCCCGGCCGCUUGGCUGGAAGAGUGAGUUUUGAAAUGAUAAUGAAUCUGCGAGCCCAGAUAUCAAGCAUGGUGCAGUGUCGAGAAUGGAAGCGAGAGGGAAGAGAAGAAGGCAAGCGGAAGAAUCCCUUUUUGCCAAAUGGGAAAUUGAUUUCAAUCUGAGCUAUAUUUUCAUAAAGCACAAGUAACAAUAUUAAAGAAAAAGGACCCAUAAUGCAUUUACAGCCACAACAUUACGUGUACCCUUACACGCUAAUGAAAUCAAAUGCAAGACUUCCACCAGCCAUGGAUUGAUGGCUGGAUGGAUGUCCUCUUAAUUUAUUUUAAAAAGAUCUAUUUUUACUACAGCACGAUAAAUACGUUAUUUCUGUGAAAUCUCAUUGCUUUGGGUGACACAGGAUGAGUUGUUUAUAUAGCAAUAGAACAUUUAAUACAUACUGCAACUACAUUGUUCUUGAUGUCAGAAUGCUUCGAUUCGCAUUGAUUUUGCAGAUUACAGACCAGUGAAUGUAAACCUUGGCAGAGGUUUCGUGCUCUCUGAAUUCUUAUCUUUACGGUGGCCGAACUAUUGAUGCAAAUCUUGCUCUGAAUCUCAUUAGAAAGCAAAGACGUACCGAUAAGUGUAUAAAUCUGAAGUUGAUGAUCACAUUCCCAUUGCAUCUGAUUGCUGUGCAAAGUCUGGCCAAAUAAAACCACCCCUGUCCUGUCGCUCAAGUGUCAAUUAAAACAAAUUUUACACACAUGGAUUUUAGGGUGGAGUGUUGAGUCACGCUAAACGAGAUACUCGAUGAUCUUACACGCAUGCCAAAACAUGUGAUGGAAGAUGUUGAUUAUUGGUGUCAUAAACAACCUCGCCUUGCUCAACCUUUAUCUCCAAGUCAUAAUACACAACUGGCUUGUCGCAUGUUGUGGUAGACCUCAAGAUAAAGAGGGUGAGGCAAGUCUACGUGCUGCAGAACUGCAAUAUAUAACAAGGCAGGGGGGAAACACAGAGUUUCAGAAAACUGCUUCAACAUGACUGUGGCAAGUGGUGUAACAGAAGACGCCAAGCUAGAGAGUGUAUCCCUGCAUCCGCUCGGGCGAAGAGGAGCAGCGAUGGCCCUGCCCCAGGAGCAGAAGCAGGAACAGGAGCCACUAUGCAUCUUUGGGACAGGAGAUUUGGGACGCUCCCUGGGCCUGCGCUUGCUGCAGACUGGCUGCAGGGUGGUGUACGGCAGCCGCAGACCUCACAGCUGUGGCCCCUUGCCUCAAGGAGCUCAGGUGAUGAGCCAUGAGGAGGCAGCGAAGGCAGCGCGACUCAUCUUCAUUUGUGUUCACAGAGAACAUUACACAUUCAUGGAGACGCUGGCACCUUAUUUGGAAGGAAAGGUGUUAGUGGAUCUCAGUAAUAAUUUGAAGAAAGACAUGUACGCAGAAGCCAACGCUGCCUACUUGCAGAGACUCGUCCCUGGAGCAACUGUGGUGAAAGGCCUUAACACGCUGUCUGCCUGGGCUCUGCAGAAUGGUCUUCUGACAGGAAAACAGGUCUACCUGUGUGGCAACAGUGCAGAGGCAAAGCAGUCUGUAGCAGAGGUUGCCACCAAGAUGGGCCUAACCGUUUUGGACAGGGGGUCACUUUCAGCUGCCCAGGAGCUGGAAGACUUCCCCCUGAGGCUGUUCCCCGAGUGGAGGCUGCCUCUCCGAGUUGCCGUCGGCCUCGUCGCCUUCUUCUAUUUCUAUCUGCUCAUCAGAGACGUCAUCUAUGCUUACAUAGAGCAGGGGAAGGACAUUUCCUACAGGAUUAUGGUGUCCCUGGCCAACAAGGUGUUUCCCAUCGUAUCGCUUGUCAUGUUGUCGCUGUGUUACCUGCCUGGUGUCAUCGCCGCCUUCUUUCAGCUCUAUAGAGGAACCAAGUACAAGCGUUUCCCGAACUGGCUGGACCGCUGGAUGCUGUGUCGGAAGCAAAUGGGACUGGUUGCUUUGGGCUUUGCUUUUCUCCACGCCAUCUAUACAUUCAUUAUUCCCAUUCGCUACUCCGUCAGACAUAAACUCAUCUCCCGUGUGGUGGACGAGAUGAAGAACAACAAAACCACCCCCUUUGACUUUAAUUAUACAGAAGCAUGGGGAACGGACUCCUUCUACGUUCUGGGCAUCCUGGGCUUCUUUCUUUAUGUCUUACUCGGCCUGACGUCGCUGCCCUCUGUGGGAGGCUCGCUCAGCUGGAGGGAGUUCAGCUUCAUUCAGUCCAAACUUGGCCACCUGACCCUGUUCAUAUGCACGGCACACGGUUACAUUUACGGCUGGAAUAAAUUCCUCCGCGCUUCAACGUACAAGUGGUACACCCCUCCAGGCUACAUGCUGUGUCUGAUCGUGCCGUCCGUGGUGCUGGUUCUCAAAAUGCUGCUCUUGCUGCCAUGCGUGGAUCGAACUCUCACCCGCAUUCGACAGGGCUGGGAGAGGGCCUCGAGCAUGGAGACGGGCGAGAACAAGGCCACAAACCUGUGACCAUCUGACCUCUAGGGUUCACCUGAGGUCAACUCAGCGCGAUCAGUACUGGAGCACACUUGAGUGAAAUUUCUUCAGGAGUAAUGUUGAUUCGUUUUGCUCACGCAUUCUCCUGGUAUUGUAACGCGUCUACAGGGUAGGCAAAGCACAUGACCCGAUCAUUUGGAGCAUUUGGAGUCUAACUUUGGCUCUUCUAAAAGCAAAAUUCAGCCGAAUGUACAGGGCAUCGAGGAUAUGAAGUUUUCUUUUUCUUAGCUUUGAGGGGUUCUAAGUGCUUGUUAUUCCUCUUUCACCAAAUGUGUCAAAAAAUAGAAAGAUAUCCCCGGACGACACAUAUUCUUUUGAUAAACAGAGGCAAUCAUUUCCAUUCCCCACCCUCAAAAUGGAGCCGCCUCGAAGCAGCAUCGUUCUCAUUGCCCAAAUCGUCCUCGCUCUCAAGGGCACUGCACACACAAAAUUAGAAUAAAGUGGUCGCCCCAGUGUGAUGCUCUCCCUCAGCUGCUUUGAUUAAACACACUUCACCCAGUAUAAAUUGGUGCAAUGAGGAGAACCAGGUUUAGCGAACAGAGCGUAAAAACAUUACCCUGUGUGGUUAAACGAAUCAGCGUCGUAGUGAAGUGUUUUCGAAGUGCUGUCCCUGUCGUCUUCUCGCUAUCGCGUUAUAAAUCUGUCUGCGCAACACAUCAUUAUUCACUGUGAUACUGUGAUGGAAGCCAAAUAGUCAUGUGUGUUCCAUCUUCCACAAAACCAUUUACACAUCUUGCUGUUAAAAAAAAAAACCUCCAAAAAAUCUGUUCUUUGCCAAUGCCAUACUCCUCCAAAUGAAUCAAUCUUAAGAUAUGGUGAGACGAUUGUACUGCAUUCUUCUUGGUGACAUGUUUGUAUAGAUCAAAGAUGGGCAAACUAAAUGCUGGGGGGGAGGGGGGGGGUCACAAUUUUUCAUCAGCGCUACGUCGGACCAUGUACUUCCAAACUUGAUGUAUUACAGAAGCCUUUUUUUAAUAGGACAUAAUACGUGCAUAUGUGCAAAACAUGUGCCUUUAAUAUAUUUUUUUCAUACUUUUUUAAUGCAUGUAUAAGAGAUCCACUAUACUAACACAAAAAUAAAGUGCCAAGAGCUCUCUUACAUUAAAAAAAAAAUCACCAUUCAAGAAUGGCCCAAAAACUGCUGAAUAGCAAACCACCAUUAAGUGCAAGAACUUAUUUUUGCACAUAAAUCAACUUCAAUCUUAUUGAAGUCCUAUAUUUGCCCUGCAUAUCAUUCCAAAUAUGAAAAAAAUGGGCAUAAUCAUAUUGUGCAGUAUAGGAAUCAGUGUAACAGAUGUCUGCCAUCUGGUGGUUAUUGGUGAUAUUACAACUUAAAACUCUAGGCAACCCCUGCAAAUUUGGAGUUUGAUUACAUCUUUUUCUCUUUCAUUUUUUUAUGUGAUUUGACCUCCCUUUUUUUAUUAUUAUUAUUUUAAUCCCAACUCUGCUCUAGAUGAUUGUGUAAAUUAACAGGACCCAGUUGAAAGACAUUUGAAAUAUUGUAUUUUCCGGUUAAAUGUCACAUUUGGUCUCUAUAAUCUCGCCAUUUCAUGACAUCAUGUCAAAACGUAGGAUUGUUGUCAGUGAAUUUUGAACUUGCAUAACAUUCCGCAUUCCUACAGCUGUCGCGCGCGUCAUCCCAAGUGGACUGAUAAGGCGAAUCUACUUUCAAGGAACUGUUAUAUUAAGCUCUGCUAAGGGCUGAUAAGGGCAGAUGAGUGGGAUCAGCGGGCGGUUUGAUCAAGCGUCCGGUGAGUGCGCUUCGAUCAGCAGCGACAACUGGCGGGCAGGUGAGGAGUGACAAGAAAGGGAAGUUUAAUCCGAUAACAGAAGCAGAGGUGGCAAGGGAGGAAACGGAGCAUCUGUCAUUAUCAGAUUCUCGCUUGCCCCCAAGCAGAACACUCAUGCAAGAAAAAACUUUGUUAUCCAGUAUCUAAUAACAUUAUCUCCUCGCACAAUCUGUAAUCUUUCAUCCACCCUCUCCCACUCUUGUAUUAUCCUCAUUUCACCAGAGAAUUGAUCUUGAUUUUAAGCUUUUUUUACACUCCAUGUUUGUGUGAGUGUGGGUGUGUGCCGAGAUGUAAACGAGAUUCAAAUAUUGCCCUGGGAAGCGAUGAAUCUAAUAAUGCCCAGAGAAACUGUGAAACAAGCUGGCUUACAUAUUGUAAUUUCCACUCGUGUUGAAAUUUCACACACCUAGACAACAACUCUGAUACGCAUAACGUGAUUAGGGCCCGCUAGGAAAAAGUAAAUAAACUGCUGCAUUGUGGGUAAAGACACACGUUAUGUACUGUAAUAAGGAAUUCACCUAGGACUCAUCUGUGAAAUGUAUAAGAAUUAAAUUAAAGACAGAAAAUACAACAA